UUCAUUUUAGAUUUACUUUUUCAUAAAUUUUGCUCCUUUACACUUGUUGCUUCUUAAUGCAAAAUGAUUCAUUUGGAUUCGUUAGUUUCAGCUUCUGUUUUCUAAUUCUUUUCCACAAUGUGCAGAACACGAUGAUUUUUUUUUUUUCUAUUUUCAGUCCAGUGAACAAUACUAAUAGCUUCAAAGAUAAAAGCUUUUCCUUUUAAAUUGCGCCUGAGAUGUCAGCGGUGGAAGAAAUUGGAGCAAAUGAUGAAAGCAGAGACAGAAGGUCAGAUUUUGACAACUCUGAGGAUGAGAGAAGGAGAUCAAAAAUUGGGAAUCUGAAAAAGAAGGCUAUAAAUGCAUCCAACAAGAUUACUCAUUCUCUUAAGAAAAGGGGGAAGAGGAAAAUCGAUUACAGGGUCCCUUCUGUAUCCAUUGAGGAUGUCAGGGAUGCAAAAGAGGAGAGUGCUGUUCAUGAAUUGCGUCAAAAACUUCUUCUUAAGGAUUUGUUGCCUUCUAGGCAUGAUGAUUAUCAUACUUUGUUGAGAUUCUUGAAAGCUAGAGAGUUUAACAUUGAAAAAACAAUCCAGAUGUGGGAAGAAAUGCUUAAGUGGAGGAAAGAGUUCGGAACAGACACCAUUUUGCAGGAUUUUGAGUUUGAAGAGCUGGAAGAAGUAUUGCAAUACUAUCCCCAAGGGUACCAUGGAGUUGACAAGGAAGGGAGACCUGUUUACAUUGAGCGGCUAGGGAAAGCCCAUCCAAGUAGGCUCAUGCGUAUCACCACCAUAGAUCGGUAUUUGAAGUACCAUGUCCAAGAGUUUGAGAGAGCUCUGUUGGAGAAAUUCCCUGCUUGUUCGGUUGCAGCAAAGCGACAAAUCUGUUCAACAACUACUAUAUUGGAUGUACAAGGACUGGGCAUGAAGAAUUUUAGCAGGACUGCUGCAAAUCUUUUGGGUGCCAUGAGUAAAAUAGACAACAGUUAUUACCCUGAGACGUUGUACAGAAUGUACAUAGUCAAUGCUGGUCCUGGAUUCAAAAAGAUGCUUUGGCCUGCUGCUCAAAAAUUUCUUGAUGCAAAGACUAUCGGAAAGAUAACUGUUUUGGAGCCCAAAUCUCUGGGUAGGCUACUGGAGAUCAUUGAUGCUAGUCAGUUGCCAGACUUCUUAGGAGGGUCGUGUGCUUGCUCUACAGAUGGAGGUUGUCUUAGAUCCAAUAAAGGUCCAUGGAAUGAUCCAGAGAUAAUGAAGCUUGUAUAUGAUGCGGAAGCGACAUUUGUGAGGCAAAUCACCAGAGUAUCUAAUGAUCAGCAUAAAUAUGACUCUUAUGUUCAGAUAAGGCCAUUAAAGGGAAGGAUUACUGACACAUCAACAACAGAGUCUGGGUCAGAUAUUGAUGUCCAAUGUUCUCCAAUUGGACGAAGAAGCUCUGCAUUUCCUUCUUUGGCACCAGUUCGUGAAGAAGUGAGGGUAUCAGAUCCAAAUGCUGACUAUAGUUGUGAUGAUAGUUUCCCUUUCGCGGAGAAAACUAUAGACAGUGACCAAGGACUGCUGUAUUCCAUGGAUCCAUUGCCUACUUCUAGUAACGUGGAUAGCCAAUCUCAUCAACGAGCAUCUUCUUUUUAUUUGGAAGGAACUUCAAUAAUCCAUUGGUUUGACACUGUCAAGGAAAAGUUUGGGAGAAAGAAUAUUCAUUCUGUGGGGCAAAUGCUUAUAGCUUUAUUUGUCAGACUAGCUGCCUUUAUUUGUACUGUUCUAUUUGAAUUUUGGAGAAAGCCAAACAAUAUUCAUCCUUUGAAUAUGACGGAAUCCAACAUGAAUAGCCAUUCAAAUUCAGUAGCACCAGAAGCUGUUAACAAAGAUCAUGUUCAUCCAUGUAUAGAACGUCUUCAGAAACUGGAGAAUGCAUUUGAGGAACUUAGCAACAAGCCUGCUGGAAUUCCCAUAGAAAAGGAGAAAAUGCUUAUGGAAUCUCUGGACCGGAUCAAAUCUGUUGAGUUUGACCUUGAGAAAACAAAGCGAAUUCUACAUGCUACAGUAAUGAAGCAACUUGAGAUUGCAGAGUUGCUGGAAAAUAUACGUGAGUCCAGACGUCGUGUAAGUUCCAUUCUUCAUAAAAUAGUAUAUUCUACAGUGUUGCAAUCUUGAGCAUGAUCCUGUAUUCGGUCUUUAGGAGGUUGCAUGUCUUUAGUACAAUAUCCUGUGAUAGGGGCAGCCAAAAGAAGGGAUAAGUAAUAAGUGAAGCCAUUGCAUUGUUGACUUUACACCAAAUGAAAAGGAAUUCAAUACCUACUUUGCUUUAACUUUCUAUUUGCGAAAGGCAAAGCAUGUAGCUAAUCUGCUUAUGAAAAAGAAAAAUGUUAGAAGUGUAUGAAAUAUGAGCUAUAGCCUCUAGCCAUGCUUUAGAGUUUCAAAUGCCGAUUUAUUCUGUGAGGAGUGAUAUGGUUGUUGGCAUACUUGUUACAGCAACGAAGAUUAUUCUGUUGAUUGACCGUUGUAGACAGAGUAAAGCUAAUAGGAGAUUUAUGCAGACAAAGUACGUCAUCUGUGACUAUCUUCGUUCGCGGCACGUGGACAUUUUCUUUUUAGCUUUCUUCAUCCCCUUUUAACUCCUAUCACAUAGCUAAAGUUACAUUUGAGCUGUACGGUUUUUUUUUCUAAAUCACAGCUUUGAAAUAGUGUAGAAAAAAAAAAAAAGUGAAAUGGAUCUUAUUACUUACAAUGCGGCAUCGCAUUUUUUAAAAUUUUUAUUGGAAUGACUGUGGCCAUGUCCUACUUAAUGUAAA